AUGAGAAAAGAGUUGAAAUACAUCAUUUACGCACAUUUCAUUCUUGUAAUAUACCUCCUAUAUCUAUCAUUUGAUUUAAUUACGCUAUUACAUGAUGACACUUUUGCUGAUGCGUUGAUUGACUACGAAUUGAAUUCACAAAAAUUAGAUAAACCUGCAUUAAUACCGAAAAUCAUUCACCAAACCUAUAAAUCAGAAAACAUACCCGAGAUUUGGAAACCAGGCCAACAAGCAUGCAUCGAUUUACACGAAGAUUAUCAAUAUAUCUUGUGGACAGAUGAAAUGGCUCGAGAGUUUAUUAGUGAGGAAUUUCCUUGGUUUUUAGAAACGUGGGACAAUUAUCCUUAUAAUAUCCAACGUGCUGAUGCCAUACGGUACUUUGCCUUAUAUCACUAUGGUGGUAUCUACAUUGAUUUGGAUGACGGAUGUGAACGUCGUUUGGAUCCAUUGUUGACAGUGCCAGCAUUUGUUAGGAAAACGAUACCGACGGGUAUUUCCAAUGAUGUCAUGGGUAGUGUACCCAAUCACCCAUUCUUCCUCAAGGCGAUGGAAUCAUUAAGCAAAUACCAACGUAGUUGGUUAGUCCCAUACAUUACUAUUAUGAUUUCAACAGGGCCACUAUUUUUGUCAGUUAUUUGGAAGCAGUACAAACGUUGGGGUAUACCGGAAGCAGGUAAGGUAAGGAUUUUGAUGCCAGAAAACUACAAAGGUUACCAAAACUCAUUCUUUGCCAUUGCCCCUGGUUCAUCAUGGCAUUUAAGUGAUGCUAAUUUCAUUAAAAGUUUAGCCAACCAUUUGAUAUUGGCAGUCAUUGGUGGUUUCUGUAUCGCCUUUGCAAUUUUGGCAGUUGAAUAUCUUUUCUAUUCAUUCAUCAUUUCCAAUUUCUUUAAGAAAUGCACUACUAAAGUGGGAAAUUUUAUCUUUGCAUUAAUAACUGGCGCUUUACGUUUUUUCAAUUUGGACAAGUUUGUUGGUUCUCAUUUCAAGGGUUACAGUUUUUUAUCUUCAACCUCGCCUAUUGGUAACGAUGAUGAAGAAUCGCAAUUGAGUGAAGUUAAACCACAAAAGGGCAUCAGUUUGAAAAACUUUAUCAAAAACUCGAGUAUAAAACGUCGUGCUAGAAAAGAUUCCAACAUACCAAUUGAAAUUGGUAUACUUGAGAAAUUGGUCGAUGAUCCAACAACAAUUGUAAUCACCAAUGACCCAGUUCAAGUACCGAAAGGUGUCAACAGCAGAAACAACAACAGAACACCUUCAUCAGUUACAACAAGGACAACAUCAUGUAAAGACAAAUUAGAGGUCACCGAAACUUUAAAGAAGAUCAGUUCCUCCGAUAAGAGUGAGUUUAAUAAUGAAGGUGAAAAUGAUGAUGAUCUGGGUAAUGAUUCAACAUUUGUUAAUGAAUUGGAAACGGAUGCUGAGUAUUUACAAGCAUAUUCCGAUUUGAAUACUGACGCAGAAGCCGAUGUUGACACUGAUGAUUCUAACGAUUAUACAAAUAAUGGAAAACUAACUAAAUCAAGUAAAAGAGGUGGUUUAUUUAAUGACGCUGGUGAAGUUGGUACGAAAUAUAAUGAUGAUAUUGUAUAA